UAAAAAUUUGGACCAUCUCACUAUCAUCACUUCCAAAUCGUACUUAAGCAGAAUUGGAGAGAGAAAAAUCGAAAAUACCAUUAAACAAAUCUACCGUUUCCGUCACUACCUCUUCAACUUAUUUAUUACUCUGUAGUCUGUACUCAACCAAUAACAAUGGCUCCUCCUUCUUCUUCCUCUGUCAGCCCUUCUCUUCCUCCUCGCUCACACCUCUUCACUCCUAUACAGGAAGGGAAUGAGAGUGAAGAAACUGACGAGCGGCACCGUUUUGGAUCAGUUACAACACCGACCAACAGUACAAUUGGGUCAAUCGCCACCUCAUCCGCCGGUACUGACACCAUCUACCACCACCACGCUACCCCACUUCACGAGCCCGGGAAAAAGCCCAGCGGAAAACACCGUAGACCGCCGGUUAAAUACUCCGACGACCGUGUUGUCUCUUGCAAUAACUGCCGUCCCACCACCCGUGAGAAAACCUCUGUUGUCGUCGUUCCCGUCGACAACCACCUCAAUAAACACCACUCUUUCUCCUCCGCAACCCCCAGCCCCAACGGGUUGUUCAAGUCUCUCAUCGCGGGACUCUCCCGGCGGAGCCCGAAACCAUGCCCGUCUCCGGCACCGGAAUCUUCGUCGGCGGCGGAGAGGGAGGAGCACUGGAGGAUCGCGGUGACGGAGCUUUCUCACAAGCUAGUACAGGCUACCAGAAGACGAGACGAAGCGAUUCUAGAAGCUUCUAAGCUCAAAUACUCCAUGGCUGAACUCGAGAAGAAGCUUAACCGUUUGGAAAUUUACUGUCAUAAUCUAAAAUCCGGGCUUGAGAUUUGCAACCAAGCACAAACCCAGACCCUAACCCUAACACAAAGCCCAAGCCCAAGCCCGUGUCGGUUCUCCAGCCCAGGUUCCUCUUGGAACUUCCCCAACAACCAUAACAACCGUGAUCUCAUCAUCAAGAAAUUCCUCGUCGCGGUUUCCGAUUCCCGAUCUUCGAUCCGUUUCCUCAGCAAAUCUCUCUCCUCUCAGCUGAAAUUAAUGGGGAUUAAGGUGUUCGAAAGGCUAUCUACAAUCUUACGAUCCUACGAUUUUAAGUUGUCGUCUACAUCGUCCUCAAACUCCAAUGCCAACCAAUACAAGAGUCUCCAAUUCUACCUCGAGGCACUGUUGAGCGCCGCUUUCUUCGAGGAUUUCGAAUGUUCCGGGUUCUCAAAGAGCUCCACGGAUCAAAUCCUGAACCCGAUUGACCGAUCCGAAGCGAACUACUCGGCGUACAACACGUUGAAGGAUUUAUCAUGGGAGGAAGUUUUAAACAAAGGAACCAAGCAUUUCAGUGAGGAAUUCAGCAGGUUUUGUGACAGAAAAAUGAGUGAAAUAGUAAGCAUGUUGGGAUGGAACAGGGCUUGGCCGGAGCCACUACUACAGGCGUUUUUCGGGGCGUCGAAGAGUGUUUGGUUGGUCCAUUUAUUAGCAAACGCGAUCCACCCGACGUUAACGAUAUUCCGGAUCGAUAAAGGGGCUCGAUUCGACCCGGUGUACAUGGAGGAUAUGGGUGGAGAUAAGGCCAAGAAAUUAAUUCCCACAAUGGUAAAGAUAAUGGUAACACCUGGAUUCUAUGUUUAUGAUAAUGUGGUCAAAUGCAAGGUGAUUAGCAGGUAUUAUAAUAGUAAUUAGUGGUAGUGGUAUGUGAUUAUAGGACAAUUGGCUUAAUUAUCUAUGUAAUACCCAAAAAAAAAAAAGUAAAAAAAGGUAGAAUAAUAAAGUUUGGUUUUGUUGGUA